AUGAACAAUAAUUCUAUAAAUUACAAUUAAAGAUCAAUUAGUUAACACACUAAAGGGAGCCCUAAUUACGAAAACUUUCAAACUAAAAUAUUGAAAUAGACUUAUAACUAUCAAUUCCAAGUCCCUUAAUAAAUAAAUUAAUUUUAAAAUGAUUAAUCUCGAAGAGAAUGUAUGUAUGAUUUAAAUAAUAAUCUAAGGCAAGUAAGAAGCAAUUGUAAUUAAUUUUCAAGAUUAUAAGAUGGAAAAUAAAUUACUUAUAUAAAAAAUAAGGAAGAAAUUACAGAUAUUAAUAAAACCUAUUAUGAACCAAAAACUAUAUAAAAUAAAAACUCUAGCUUAAACAAAGAAGAAACUAGAUAAAUAGGAAUCAAAAUGAGAAGUAUUUCUGAAUAUGGAGAAAAACCGGUGUAGAAUAUUUAAUAUUAAAAUUUAUCCCAUUAAAAUGAUAAUGGUAAACCUUAACCCAAGAUAAAAAUUAUAAGUAUUUAAGAAAAAGGACUACCAAUAUAGUAGAUAUCCUACUAUCCUAAUAGGGUAAAUUAAGCAUAGACAAUAACAUGUAAUGAAAUAAAAAGUGAAUAAUAAUAAAAACAAAAAUAAUAAUACUAAACCAAAAAUUCCUAAAUUAGCUACGUUUAAUAAAGUAAUUAAAUAAAUAGUGUUUCAGAGUCACUAAUAAAUAAACAUUCACAAAUAAAUUAACAUUCACAAAUAAAUUAACAUUCACUAAUAAAUAAAGAACCAUAACUUAAUUUAUUUGAAACUGAAAUUAAAACAAAAGUAUUUGAUUGCUAUUAAUGUCGAUAAUCAUCUUAUGAAAAUUAAUAUGUUUUGAAUUGUUAACAUACAUAUCACAUGAAUUGUUUGAAGGAAUUAAUUAUCGGAUAAAUAAAUAAUUUUUUAUAAAAUCCAUAGAUUACAUGCUUAUGUAAAAGUAAAAUCCAUAAGCUCCCCUUUAUUGAUAAAUCUUUUUAUGAAGAAUAAUAAUAAAAAUUAAUUUAAAAAUAACUAAAAUUCAUAUAUUAAAGUAAUUAAACGAAAUUUAGAAAGUGUUAACAGUGUGAUUUUUUUUGGGUUAUGGAUAAAUAUAAUAAGAAUAAUACUUUAUAUUAUUGUAAAUGUUAAGAAAAAGGUUAAAAUUGA